CCCUGCUUAGUCACGUCGCGACAGCGGGAGUCAUGUCGCGACAAUAGCUAGUCGCGCUGAAUUUUUGAUAAAAAACGGGACUCACGUCGCGACUUCGUGAGUCACAUCGCGAGAAUAAGGACUCACGUCCAAAUAUUGGGAAAAACAUGGGACUCACGCAGCGACAGCGGGAGUCACGCCGUGAGUUUCGCGAGUGGAUUGGAAAAAUGCUUUUCAUCGUGAGUUUAUAGUGAUCGCGAAAAUCGUGACAUUUUUCGUGAGUCCAAUAGCGAUCGCGUUACGCGUUCACGCCAUGACUUUUUUCCGUGACUCACGUAGCGACUUUGCCGUGAGAGUCGACCUGGGUACGUAGUUAAGUAAAUGGAUUGGCACUCUGUCGGUGUGUAUCAGAAAAACUAGAAUAUAUUUUUGUUUUUAAUAGAAACCAGUGUACUGCAAAAAUACUCAUUCGUGAUAAACAACAAAAAGCCUUUGAUUACAUGGUUUCUUGAAAUAAAAUAAAAAAAUCCCGCGAACCGGAGUCGAACCAGUGACCUAAGGAUUACAUGUGCUACAUUGCAUCUACAGUCCUCCGCUCUACCAACUGAGCUAUCGCGGGUGUUCUUCUACUUUUCAAUAAAGAAUGUCUCUCUGGACCGUACUAGCUCUGGCGAUCAACUUUCUCAUUAAAGAAAAUUCAUCUUUUCUAUUUCUUUUCGAGCACUCUUUCAACUUUUUAACCAGUCACUCGUUCCCAGUCAUUCAUAUAAUCGGAGAGAUUUGUAGUGAAAAAUGAUGGAAAGAGUAAUAAUUGUAGAUGAACCAUGUGAAGAUAUAUUUUUAACAUCUAGUUUAGUUCAUUAUAGUUACUUCUGAAACUUGAGCCGUUUUUCAAAAAUUCCGCAUUAAAGGCUGUCUAGGUUUGAUUUUUUAUUCUAUAUAUUAUUUAUUUAUUUCUAGUAAACAUCUAUGAAAUCUUCGAUCAGUAUACUGGAAGUGAAAAAAAUUAACGUUUCAUGCGUUUAGAUGCUGUAAGACAUCACAUACAUAGAAAAUGUAUUUUAAUGAGUGAGAAGGCAAAAGAGAAUUUAUUUAUAAUAAACUUUUUGUUCCUAUGAAUGAACUUUCUGUAUCAUCACCUUUACUCAACCUUCUUUAUCAUCUCUGCGAGUAAAAACCUUUCGUUUGCAUCAUUUUUUCAUUAUUCUAUAUACGUAUGAUGGUAUAUAAGAAUGUGUCAUCGUUCCGGAAAUCGAAAGAAGCGAAGGUGCGGUUGCGUAAUAUAAUCUGAUCAUAAUAAAAUAAUGUUUAUAGAUACAUUUACGAUUAUGCGCAAACAUUAGAUUUCUAGUUCACUUUAAAUCGGCGUCGGCUGGAACAUAUUGAAUACGUGCAUAUUUUCUACUGAGAUCGUCGUUGUGUAAUAAAAUUAAUUUUUUAUGCGUUCCAGUAAUUGUAAGUGUGUAAUGUGAAGCCUGUUUGAAGAUAAAUGAACAAAAGUUACCUUUAUGAACUUUAUUUAUUGGCCACGGGAGUGACUUUUCUUUAAAAUUCCUCGCGUUUAAACAAAAAUAGACCACAUCAUCCGAACAAUGAAAGAAGAGUAAUUAGUAGACAUCUGCGCCUACACUUUUUUCGAACCCAUUAUCCAUGCUCAAUCUCAUUAGUCUCGAAAACAAUACUCAUGCCCAAGUCCAUACCGGUGACAAAAAUUUAAAAAUCUUAUACCCGCGUCCGUGAGUACACAUAACCAUUUCUAAUAAGGCUGGUUAGUUACGAAACUUUUUUAUUACCAGACGCAAUAGCAGCUGAUUGGUUAUAUAAGUAAAAUACACUACUGAAAAUAACAUAUUUAUUUCAUUUAAACGUAAUAAAAAUUUCACACAAGUGGUCGAUUAUAAUUCAUGAUCACCACCAGUGAAAUCCUGAGGGAAACCAUGUUCUGCGAAAAUUAGGGUUUCAAGGCUGGUUUCAGCUAAUAUUAAGAAGUCCACAAUUAUCCCAAAAACAUCAGAAAGAGUUGAAAACUUCAUGAUGUAGUGCUUAGAUUAUCCUAUACCUUAUUUACAAAAAGUCUGCAAAAACAAGUUAACAAAACCGUAUGAUUUUUCGGAAGGUUUUGUAAAAAUCCUCUUGCAACAUUCAGCAAACAAAAUUAAUCAUAUACUGAAGUUUUCAACUCGUUCUGUUGUUUUUGAGUAAAAAACCCAUGCCCACGUCCAUCGACAAAAACUAAAAUACAUGUACCGCAUGUCCAUGGUUAUUUAUGGAUAUAGAUAAUAGGCAUAACCACAGAUGUCUAGUGAUUGGUCCUUUACACAUAGUACCAGCAGUAUAAGGACCUAAUUAUACUACCAACAUAGUAAAAAUGGCAAAGUCAUAUACUGGGAACAGAUUGUUAUAGUGUAUAUAACAACGUUUCAAUCCCAAUUUGGAUCUUGCUGAGCUCUUCGUUUUGUCCAUGACAUUAUGUUAAUACUCUUCUCAAAAAUUAAGCUAUUUUUAAUUGUACUUUCUAGCGUGGAACAUCUCGGGAAUCUCGAAUACAUUGCAGUCUAUGAGAUAACAUAAUUGAGCUAUUUUUUUAGUGCAUAAUGCAAUGUUCUCAUAUAAAUAUAUAGUUUCUCUUCUAUUUUUUCUCGUUCUCUAGUCGUUACUUUUGUUUUUUAGUAUUUAAUUCUUAUGUGUAAAAAUUGAAUUGAUGAGUCUACGUAUGCGAUUUCAUUGUUAAUUCUGAUUAGUACAAUCAUAGCUGAAUAUUUUUUUGUCGUUGCUCCCUAGAAUCUGAAUAAUCUCUUUAACUAAUUUUAACCAGUCAAAGUAUUUAGACUUGUUCUGCCUGCAUAAAUAACAAAUUUUAGAGUAAUUUUAUAAGUAAACAUAAGCAGUUUAUCGGUCAGUGCAUAAAUGUGUUAUUUACCUUACUUUGCUGCCCCACAAUCAUUAGUUUUUUUCUGUCUGUUGAUGAUUCAUCUUUUCGCUGGUAAAUUAGGUAUACACUCCCAUCAUGUUACGUCGCUCAACAAAAGAAUAAGAAAAAAAGGUGUAUUUUCUCAAUCUACAAAUAAAUAACCGGUAACAGAACUGUUUAACGCUUGAGUUGAUUUUGUAUUUUGCUCAUGUUAGCGUACAUACUAUUUGCUGAUAUCCGCACUCGUGAAAGACAUAUUUCUUAUUAAAAACUUUCUCUAGAUGACUUCACUAUUCGAAAAUUAUUUUGGUUCAAACACCAACAGCACUGCUACUGGUCAUGGUAAAUCGUCAAGAUUUAACUUGGAAACAAUAUGCGAUUUUUCACAUUUAUCUCAAAAUACUCAAAAACAUUUGAAAAAUGUUUAUACAUGUUUGAUGGUUGCUACUUUAUGUGCAACAAUUGGCGUAUGGAUGAGUUUAAAUGGAUGGAUGAAUUAUCCACGUUUGGCUGUUUUGGGUAGUAUGGUAUCGUCAAUAUGGUUAUUUAGUACCGAAUUUAAUUACCAAAAUCAAAUUAAAUGUUUCAGUUUAUUUGCAACAACGGCAUUUUGUACAGGAAUUUAUUUAAAUCCAUUAAUCGAUUUGGCUAUCAAUAUUGAUCCACAAAUAGUGAUGACAGCAUUCUUAUUGACAACAUGUGUAUUUGUUUGCUUUACAUUGAGUGCAUUAUUGACACAAAAGCGCACUUAUUUGUAUCUCGGAGGUUUAUUAGGCUCAGGUACAUCGGUCCUAUUGGUUCUUAGUUUGAUGAAUUUAUUCGGUCGUUCAGAAUUAUUGUUUAAUGUUAAUUUAUACCUUGGCCUUGCUCUUGCAUGUGGUUAUAUUUUAUAUGAUACACAAUUAAUUGUUGCACGAGCUCAAAAUGGUGAAUCAAAUUAUAUCAAAGAUGCAUUGAUGUUAUUUAUUGAUAUGGUCGAUUUGUUCGUUCGAAUAUUAAUAAUUCUCAUUAAAAAUUCGCAGAAGAAAGAAAAGAAAAGCAAUAAUCGUUAA